AUGAUCACCACCGCCACCACCUCACCUAUUCCCAUGAUCACGAUGAUGAUGUUCCUCAUGAUAAUCUCUCCGUCGACCUGCACUCCUCCCGAGGACCCAAUCCACUGCUCUUCUUCCUCCGCCGCCAACAACACCAACUGCACCAUCACCAACUCCUACGGCGCCUUCCCCGACAGGUCCACGUGUCGCGCAUCCAGCGCAACAUACCCCGCCACGGAGGAGGAGCUCAUCUCCGCGGUGGCCGAGGGGACGAGGGCGCGGCGGAAGAUGAAAGUCGCCACCCGCUUCUCCCACAGCAUCCCCAAGCUGGUCUGCCCCGACGGCGACGACGGGCUGCUCAUAAGUACCAAGUUUCUGAACCGGGUUCUCGCCGUCGACAAGGAGGCCAUGACGGUGAGCGUGGAGAGCGGGGUGACUCUGCGGCAGCUGAUAGAGACGGCGGCGGAGGCGGGGAUGGCGUUGCCCUACGCGCCGUACUGGUGGGGUUUGACGGUGGGCGGGAUGCUGGGGACUGGGGCCCACGGGAGUUCUCUGUGGGGGAAAGGAGGCGCCGUGCAUGAUUACGUGGCGGAGGUGACGGUGGUGAGCCCCGGGACGGCGGCCGACGGUUAUGUGAAGGUUAGGAGGUUGAUGGAGGGCGAUGAUGAGAUCAAUGCUGCCAAGGUGACAUUCAAACUGCAACCCUUGUUCAAGCGAUCCCUAACCUACGUGAAGAAAGACGACAAUGAUCUCGGCGAUGAAGUCGUCACCUUUGGAAGCAAACACGAGUUCGCCGACUUGUCAUGGUUUCCCAGUCAAGGCAAAGCCAUCUACAGAAUCGACGAUCGCGUUCCUUCCAACACUUCAGGCAACGGCAAAUACGACUUCAUCCCUUUCCGCUCCACCCUCUCCUUCGCCUUGGCCGUCCUCAGAUCCGCUGAGGAAACUCAAGAAUCCACCAAGGACGCCAACGGGAAAUGCCUGAGCGGCAAGCUCCGUACAUCCGCACUUCACUCAGCCGGCUUCGGUCUAACCAACAACGGUCUGACCUUUUCUGGUUACCCGGUAACCGGCAACCACAACCGCCUCCAAGCCUCGGGAACCUGCCUCGACAGCCCAAACGACGGUCUAACCACUGCCUGCCCGUGGGACUCGAGGAUCAAAGGCGAGUUCUUCCACCAAACCACUUUCAGCAUCAACCUAUCCGUCGUCAAGGACUUCAUCCACGACGUCCAGUCACUCGUCGCCAUGGACCCGAAGUCUCUAUGCGUUUUGGACCAGUACAACGGCAUCCUCAUGCGUUAUGUAGCUCAUUCGUCCGCCUACCUUGGGAAACAAGAAAACGGGCUGGACUUCGACCUAACGUACUACAGAAGCAAGGACCCCACAUCCCCGCGAAUGUUCGAGGACGUUCUGGAGGAGAUAGAGCAGAUGGCGGUGUUCAAGUAUGGGGCACUGCCGCAUUGGGGGAAGAAUCGUAACGUGGCGUUUGAAGGGGCGAUGAGGAAGUAUCGAGGUGGGAAGGAUUUUUUGAGGGUGAAGGAGAAGUAUGAUCCGUUGGGGUUGUUUUCGAGCGAGUGGACGGACCAGGUUCUGGGGUUGAAAAGUGGGUUGAUGAUUGUGAGGGAUGGGUGUGGUUUGGAAGGGUUGUGUGUCUGUUCGGAAGAUAGGCAUUGUGCGCCUAGUAAAGGGUAUUUCUGUAGGCCUGGGAAGGUUUAUAAGGAUGCUAGGGUUUGCAGUAAUAGGUCGGUUAAUUGGGAUUGAUAUUGAUUGUUAUUGUAAGGUGAAACAAAUAUGAAAUAUAUACAAGGGAUUGUAUUAUUAUGGUGACCGUAUAAUGUAAUAGCUAUGAUGUUGAAUGUUAAACACU